CCAAGCAGCCCGUGCGCGUGCGCGCGCGCGCGGGGGGCGGGGCCUGCGGCCCUCGGCGCGCCCCCGGCUUCCUUAGCCUCCGCUGUCUUGGUUGCUCAGUAGCUGCUCGGCGUGGAGACGGACGGGUCUCCGUCUGAGUUAUGGAUUUUGAAAAUCUUUUCUCAAAACCCCCCAAUCCGGCCCUCGGCAAAAAACCGGCCGCCGACCCUGAGGAAAGAAUUGAUGAUGAAGUAGAUGGUACUGAAGUUGAAGAAACGCAGACAGAGAAAGUCAAAUGGGAAGUAAAGCGGGUCUGUGAAAAAAUCCCCAAGAAAUUUAAACAUCAUGGAAACUCUACAACAUUGCCAAAGAGCUUGCCACGUAAAAAGUCAAGAAGUAAGGACUAUGACCCAUACAGUGAUGGUGAGAUAUGCAGUCAAGAAUCAGAAGAUAAUUUUGACAAAGAGCUUCAACAGUACAUACAUGCCAAAGAAAUGGCAAAUGCUGCUCAACCCUCACUGCCUCCUGAAGAAUCUGUGAAGAAAGAGGGAGCAGAAGGUACCCAGCAGACUGUCAAACAAAAAAAUAAAAAAUCUAAAGCUGGUCACAAGAAAGUUAAACAGAAGAAAAUGAAGCGAAAGUGGCCUGGCACUGGAUAUAAAGGGUCAGGUGCCUUGCUGAAGAACAGUGGCUCCCAAGAAAAGGCUGCUGAGCCUAAAGAUAAGCAGCCAUGUGUGAGGAUGAGUCAAGGUUUCAUCAAUCAGCACACGGUGGAACGUAAAGGGAAGCAAGUUUGCAAAUACUUUCUUGAAAGGAAAUGUAUUAAGGGAGACCAGUGUAAGUUUGAUCAUGAUGCAGAGAUAGAGAAGAAAAAGGAAAUGUGUAAGUAUUAUGUACAAGGAUAUUGCACCAAAGGCGAGAACUGUCUGUAUUUGCAUAAUGAAUAUCCUUGCAAGUUUUAUCACACAGGAACAAAAUGUUAUCAGGGUGAGCAUUGUAAUUUUUCUCAUGCCCCGCUGACUCCUGAAACACAGGAACUGUUGGCUAAAGUUUUGGAUCCUGAAAAGAAGCCAUGUAAAUAGACUUAAAAGCUUGUAUAGAGGACAAAUCCAUUCCUGUUCAAGACUGGUGAUUUGGAAUAGUUCAUAAGGCUCCUCAGUGAAUGCACCGUCCUGUGUCGUGAUCACGUGCGGCUCCCUGUGGGCACACAGAGGUAGAUCCGGUGCUCAGCUGAAGGUGCGUCUACACGGGGAAGCUUCAGCUCUUGUGGCCGGAGAGGAGCGCGAGCAUGCUGGCUGGUGGUAACUGCCGUGGUGUGCUAGGUUGCUGAAGUCUCUUCCAGUCAAGAUCUCCGCGUACAAUUUUGUACAAGCACAGAAUGAGCAAAGAGAGGCUGAGUGAGAGGAUGGGAGAAAUAAUGGGAAGGAUGGUGAUGGAGAGCUGCUAGGGAACACGGGGUAGUAAGUGGCACCGCCACAUGUCUUUAAAUACUUGGCACAGUGUUUGUAACAGUUCAGAGUUCCACGGUGUGGUUUAGCAGAGAAUGGGGUUCUGUGAUCUUUUUAAAAACAAUUUCCUGUUGGAUAUUCGUUUCUAAUUAUUACUGCUUAAAUAAAGUGGAAUAAU